AAUCAGUUAAAAAAAUGAUGAACAAAUCAAUGGUCUUGUCAAAAAGUGUUAAAAUGUGUAACAAAAAAGAAAAAUUAGUAAAUUAACAAAACUCCACAAUAAAAUUAAAAAAAUGCUAAAAUAAACGAAAAUAUCAUAUUAAAGUGCAAUAGUUUAGAGUGAGACCAUUUUGAAAAUGCAUUGGUAUUAUAACCUUUUAGUUAGGAGACCCUAUUUAAUGGUAAUUGCAAUAGCCGUUUUAUGUGUGGCAUGUAUAAUAGUUUCGUUAACCUCGAAUUCAUUACCCGAUUUUACAGAUCCUACAUUGGGUUUUGAAGCCCGAGGUACAAAUCUUGGUAAAAGGCUAAUAGCGUGGAAUAAUCUAAUAAAAGAAAAUGAAUUGGUUUCAAACCCAAAUGAUUUACCUUAUUAUCAAGAUAAUUGGUACGAUCAUAUUAGUAACUCUCAUCAUAAAAAACAUAAACAUCGUAACCAUAAAAACUGUAAACAAAAGAAGCGACGUAAACAAAAAAUCCACAAGAAGAAAAAUAAUAAUGGUAUGAAUGGAAAAGAUAAUAUUCAUAAUUCAUUACAAUAUGUAAAUCAAGUUGACACUACUUAUAAUAAUGAGAAUUCAUCUCAGUGGAAUGUUAAUAAUGGCAUAUUUCGUGAUUACGAGAUUACAAACGAAACUUGGUCUUCCAUGGAGAUGCUAAAUAGAAGCGAGCAUUUUGAGUAUGGAAAAAACACAACAUUUGUUGAUGAAGAUUAUCAUCGGCAGAGAAUACAAACUGAAAAAAUUACUUGGCAAAAUUUAAAGCAGGCAUCAUUAUCUCGAUCAAAAAGUGAUGGGAUACAUAUGGCUGCAGGUUAUUUUUGCGAUUCUCCGGGAAAUAUGUAUGCUCAUUUUGUUGUUGAAAGAAUUGGGCCCAAUGCUACUGAUUCUCUCUUUGAUUUGAAUGCUUUGUUUGGAAUGUGUGAGUUGCAAGAACAAAUAACUUCGGUGACAGACUAUAGUGAUUAUUGUGAAAUAGAAAGAGAUACAAAUAAUUGCUGCCGUCCUUGGUCAUUACCGAAUUAUGCAGCGCUUUCAGUGAAUAAAAGUUCCUGUUUUGAUUUAACGAAUGAAGAUGUCGUUAUGUUAAAAAACUUGUUGGUUGUGUGUUUUGAUUAUUAUGACUUAAAAUUAAAUAAUGAUUGUAAUGAAUAUAACUCAUGUCCUGCUGAAUGCACUCCUACAGUAUAUGAGAUAUUGCAUUAUUUGACUGAUCAUAAUUUUAUAAAGGCAAAUGAUUCAGCAAUAUUUUUAAAAUAUGCUAUGAUCUUUGUUCCUGUGGUGGAGACUACAAGAACAUUAAAUUUAUUUAAAGAGUGGGAAGUAGCAAAUAUGAAAAAUGAUAUAGUGCAUGUAGUUGCUAUGGACUCUGGUCUUGAGAAUGAAAUUUUCAACGAAAGAUUAUUAACAGAUACCUGGCUUGUUGCUUUGGGUGCUGUUUUUGUCACCACUUGCAUAUGGUUAUACACAACAUCAAUAUUUGUGACUGUAAUGAUUUGCUUGGCAGUAUUAUUUUCAUUAGGUUUAGCUUAUUUUAUGUAUACUAUUGUAUUGGAAAUGCCGUUCUUUCCUUAUAUGAACUUACUUGCUGUGGUUGUGAUAAUUGGAAUCGGUGCUGAUAAUGCUUUCAUUUAUAUAAAAAUCUGGCAAUGUGUCCUUGCUGAACGAUUUACUAAAUCGACAAUAACAGCACAUUCGCUAUCAACAGUUGAAGUGGAAUAUACAGAAACAUUGCAAAAUUUAAUAGCUCUCACAUUAAGACAUUCGGCCCCAUCUAUGCUUGUUACUUCUUUAACAACAUCUGGAGCCUUUUUUGCUGCAUACACAAGUUCCAUAACUGCAAUUAAAUGUUUUGGUGUAUUUGCUGGUACAGUUGUUGUUGCUAAUUACAUCCUAAUGGUAACCUGGCUACCAGCUUCUGUAUCGAUUAUGGAGCGAAUGUCAGGCCUCUCAACUUGUAGUAAACUGCAAGUACAAAAACUGUUUCUAUUAUUUAAUAAAUCUUUAAGUAAAUUUUGCAAUGCCUUUGAAAAAUAUAUAACUGAAGCUGUGACAAAUUAUGCAUGGGUGUGGAUAAUUUUAUUUUCUCUCAUUGGUAUCUGCAGCAGUGUAGUUGUGAUUUAUUGGCCUGGCAUACAGUUGCCAGAGAGUAGUCACUUCCAAUUGCUAGCAAGUAAACAUCCAUUUGAAAUAUAUAACUCAAAAUUAAAAAAUGAAUUUUGGUUCGAAAAGUCUGUAACGUCAUACGAAAAUUUUAAAUUUCCUAUGCGUUUUGUUUGGGGCGUACAACCUGUUGAUGACGGUGACUAUACAAAUCCAUUUUCCUACGGAAAUUUACACUAUGACAAUAAUUUUAAUAUAUCAACGAAAGCUGCUCAAGUUUGGUUGUUGGAGUUUUGUGAAGAUUUAAAACGCCAGCCAUUUUAUAAACUUACUUUUAAUUUUCUUUAUCCAUAUUGUUUUAUGGAAAAGUUUGUAACAUAUAUGGAACAAACGUGCAUCGAUAGUAUGGUAGAAACUAAUCGAACUCCGUGCUGUGAAACUUCAAAAUUUCCUUAUGAACCUCAUGUGUUUGAUCAGUGUUUACCACAAAGCAUAUCAUAUUUAUAUGCCACUCGAUUUUUUAUACCUGGUGUUGCUGGUCCAAGAUUUCUAGCGCCCAAAAAUAUUUUAAAAAGUACUUUUAAUAACAAUGAUUGUAUAGAUAAUACAAUGAACUUUAAUGUAAAUCCACCCAUUGUAAAAGCUAUUGUAAUUGAAUUUGAAUCAAAUGUCUCGUAUACAACAGUUUUUCACGAUGUCCAAAAAUUUGUAAAUGCUGUUGAAAACUGGUUUCAGAACCAGUUAAUUACAGCACCAUUAGAGCUUAAAGGUGGUUGGUUUAUAUCUGAAUUGAAAUUCUAUGAUGUGCAGGAAACACUUGCGAGUAGUACAGUAGUUGCCAUAAUCGUUGCAAUGAGUAUAUCAUUAAUAAUAUUAUUAUUUGUGACACUGAAUGUACUGAUAUCAUUUUAUGCGAUCAUAACAGUGUCGUUGACAAUUUUUACAACCGUGGCUAUAACGAUUUUAAUGGGCUGGAAGCUGAAUGUGUUAGAAAGUGUAACUGUAACAACUGCUAUUGGGUUAGCUGUCGAUUUUAGUUUACAUUACGGAAUACAUUAUCGUAUGUCUCCAACAAGUGAACGCAUUGCUGCUACGAAGUUCGCUUUGACACGAAUAAUUAGUCCGACAGUAAUGGCUGCAAUUACCACUGCAAUAGCUGGAUCAUUAAUGUUAUUCUCUAAUGUUUUACCAUACAUACAGAUUGGUUUAUUUUUGAUUAUUGUGAUGACUGUUAGUUGGUUAUAUUCAACUUUUUUUCUUAUGAGCUUAUUAAAAGUAGCUGGACCGCAAUAUGGUUUUAUGCAAUUUAGUUAUCCAAUAUUUAGAAAACGGCCCACCACGAAUGGCAUAAAAUACUAUGACAGAAAACAAAGCCAUAUUGUCGUGACAGAACAAUUACUAACACCAUCAAGUUCAGCUAUUGGAGAACUUAUUAAUUCUGAAACACAUGAAUUGGAGUCUCUAACAUCGAGUUCACUAAUAAAGACAAUUUCUGGAACAGAAUGCUUACACACUUUACCUCCCGAAUUUGAGCAUUCAUUUCAAUUAAAAAGCAACAAGUUCGGUAAUGUACAAGGUGGAACAGAAAAAAUGCCACUCAAUAGUACUUUGACUGCUAAUAUUACAAUUGAGCUAUGCCCAACAACAGAUACCAAAUAAAUUUGAAACUGUUCAAUUAUAUAUAAA